GUGUGGGGUGGAGUGGGUUUGGGGGUCCAGGUGCUCUGGCCAGUUAGUGCUUUCCAGGAACAGCACAGCACCAGUAGCGGUACCGAGAUCGCUGUAACCUCGAGCAUCGCCUCCCCUGGAGUGAAGGAGAAGGAUUUGCGCCGUUUUAUGGAGGAGAUCCAAGAUCGUUUGGAGUAAUCCCGAGUGAGCUCCCGUUUGGUUUGGUGGUGCUGCCCUGCGAUCUCUCCUCCAAGUCGCCCUGCUCCGCUCCUCCUAACGGGCGAGGACGCCGCCAAAAGUCAGGAAACACGUCGAUCUCAGUCGGAUUUCGAAAUCUGCACUAUUCUAAGCUUCGUUCGGACUGCAACGACGGAUAGAACAAUAUCAGCGAUAGAACAACGAAAAAUGUUCAAGAAGAGUAAAAGUCAAGUACUUGUGGAUUAUGCCUCUGAGGAGGACGACAUGUCUUGGCAUCACCUCCAUUCGUACAAGGACAAAGACCAGGAGGGAGGAGUGGAGGAAACACUGAGCCCCCCUACAAAGGAAACGAAGGUGAAGAAGAUCAAGUCAAAGAAAGAAAAGAAAGACAAGAAGCUGGACGAUGAGCACUUUCUACUGACAGGAGCCACACUCCCAGAUAAAAAAGGGAAGAACAAGGAGGAGGAGCGUAGUGCCAAGCCACAGGACCGGGAGAAGGACAAACGCUUCUGGGAUAGCAUCACCAUGACGAUGCGGCAGAUCACCCCGACCCGCAAAAUGGACAAGAUGGAGGGCUGGGAGCCGCCACGACUGCCCAGCGAACCGGGAGACGAGAACGAACCGCAGAAGGAGGAAAUAAAGAAAGACGUCCCCACUUCUCCCUCCCCUCCCCUCCCUCUCUCUUCCCCUCUCUCUUCCCCUCUCUCCUCCUCUCCUCUCUCCUCCCCUCUCUCCUCUCCUCUCUCCUCUCCUCUUUCCUCCCCGCUGUCUCUCUCUCUGCCCUCCUGGAGAGCAGGGGUGACGCUGGAGGACUGGCGCUAUGCCAGCCUGGCAGACUGCACUGCCCAGCGGGAGGGCUCUGGAGCCGGUCUGGGAGCGGGCAGCGCCAUCCGGUGGGCCGCUCGUGCCAGGGGCAAGCUAGCGGCGGGCAUCAGGAGGAGGAGCCACGGCAGCGUGUCAGAGAACAUGUGGGAAGGGCUUAAAUGAAUGGACAGGACGCCCCCUACCACCCCCCCACCCACCCCUCCUGACACAGCAGCCCUCUGCUUGUUCUGUAGCAGGAUAUGUGUGUCUGAACUUGAAGUUGAAAAGGUUUGCCUCUGGCAGAGCAGACAUCACAGAGGCUUACACAGACAGCUCCAGAUCGUGGUGGGGCCCCUUUUGCACGGAGCUUUUUUGCCAAAUACAUUCCUGAUGCCUUGGUGGUGGUGGUGAGAAGUGCCUUAGCUGAAGCAGCUCCACCAGUGUUGUCUGAGGCCAGAGGAGAGAUUUAGUGGGACUCUUUGGAAAAGGGGCCUCCCAAGACCAGGACCCAAGUGUUGCUGGUUGUAGGAGUUUUAGGAGUUGAGACUGGGUGGGCGAGUGAGAGUGUGUGUGUGUGUGUGUGUGUGUGUGUGUGUGUGUGUGUGUGUGUGUGCAUGUGUGUGUGUGUGUGUGCGUGUGCGUACGUGUGUGCAUGGGGGUGGGGUUGGGGGGUAUUAUAAAACACUGAAGUAAUCUUUACAUAUUCUUUUGUUAUUCUACAUAAAUGACCUGAAGUAAACCUGCGUGUACACUGGACCCAAUGUCAUGGCCAAAGAAGAGGGGAUGAACAAUACAAAUAAACAACCAAAACAAACAAACAAACAAACAACUCCCUACAGUCUAUAAAACGACUUUCCUAAAGGAAAUGUCUUUAACUGGCUCUGAAAUCGCCAUGGAUUAGAACGACAUAAGUAGCGAAAGAAUGAAUGUGAGAGUAUUAGCUAAGCUAAAUUUGUGUCAUAUAUGCUAUAUUUCCAGAUUAUUUUAAUGACAUUCUUUAGCUCAAUCUGACUGUUCGGGCAGGUACAUUCUCCUGUUCUAGUCAUUGUCUGCUUUAUCAAGCUUGUGAUGGUAUUAUUUAGAAGUGUUGGAGACUGAUAGUGUUGGCCUUAAAGCAGUGUCUGGGCUGUGUUGGCCUGGCCAUGGUCAGCAAUUUUGUUAAAUACUUAUUUCUAAAAAAUAAUUAAGAAAGUACCUUUCAGCGACUUUAAUGAUCCUCACUGUUUUAUGACAAUAAUGAAACUUAAAUGUAUGAUGUGCAUAGUGUUUGAGAAUGAGCUAUUUUAUGAUGCCUAAAAUGUAUGAUAGAGAGAGGGAAUAAACGUCACUGGAUUGCUGGUGAUGUGUAAUAUGAAAUGAGAACAAAACAACUGUCAGUGCUUUCCGGUUGUUCUAUGUCUGUAAAAGUCUUAAACUCUGACCCUCAUUCCGAGGUUUUUUUCCCCCCAAACUGUUACACUUUAUUUUCCUCUUUGGUUUGGUUUGCCUGUUCUGAUUUUUUUCCUCCUUUCAUUCAGUUUCUCUUGGCACUGGUUUUCUCGAGGGCUGUUUAGGAGCUUCAACUCCUCUGGCAAGUUGUGUCUUAGCAAGGCUACUGAGUUUUAAGUCUGAGAGUGUCUGUACGGCAAAAUCAGGGUUGUCAAAUAAAAGUCCAACUCUUUA